UCAAAUUGGCAUGUUUUCACCUUCACCAUCAGCAUUGGGAGUCCGUAGUUGGAAUGGCUGAAAAUCUUUGUGCGGCUGCAGUGCAACGUAUGUAUAGUCGGGAAACUCAAAGGAAACCAGUCUGAAUGAUUUGCCUUCGACAUUCAAGAAAAAGCAAUCUCAACCAGCAUUCAAGAAUAUUUCGUAUGCGUUAGCCUUAGAUACGAGGAGUACGUCCAUCAUUACUAGAUAAGUGUGCCAGACAUAAACCAAAGAUACAGGAUGCGUUGUGCUGUGUGCAAUUAUUACACCUGGAGCUAUUUUAUCGCUUUUGCGGAGAUUUUCGUUUCAUUUGAAGUGGCAUCGGCACUGCUGCAAUGUUCCCGUGAGCUGAAUCGUGAUAUUACUUGUUAUGAUGUCGAACCAGUCGUUGUGAUGUUGGUGUUGUACAACUUCCUAUCGCUGACGCUAAUCAUCGGAGUGUUUAAACGAAUGGAAAAACUGUUGCAAAUAUACCAGACCUGCACCAUUACCUUGAAAGUUUCGGCUAUCGUUAGAAAAGCCGUCCUUUCAGCUACGGAGUACAACCAGAACAACAUGGAAAAGACGGCCACGGAAAUGAAGCUGGUUAUAUUACUGACUUUAAUCUUCACCUUGGAAGCCCUGGUAGUGGCUGGAGCCUGCAGGAAAAUUCGCCGUGAGAAGCAAGAGCCACUGUAUUAUUUCGAUGUUGUCUGAAUAAAAAAUGACGGAAAUCGAUACGAACCGGAAAGCCAGGUUUGAGUCAAUAUGAAGCAGCAGCGCGUUUGCAGUGAGCUGCGAGGAUCCAGUGGAUCUCGAGGGUAGUAAGCUCCUUGAGAUUAACCUUUUUCGUCCAGACAAUAUACACAUAUAUAUUUAUAUAUGAACACAUUUAUACGACAAGAGUUUCUCAUCCCUUUUACGCGCAAACAGUUUAAAGAAUGCUUUCCUGUCAAUUUAGGAUUUGUAAACAGUAUAUUACUGCAGUAGAUUGAGUGAUGUAGUACGCGCAACGGAACAGCUCAACCGUUUUUGCCAAUUCAAUAAAGGAACGCUUGAAUUCGAUACCCUAAAAAGUAACA